UUGCACGAAGAAAACACAUACAAAGAAAGCAGUGAAAUAAAGAAAGAACGCGUACAAAGGCGGACUUAUCCCAGAAAGGGAUUUCUUCCAGUCAACCAAGUAUUUGAAAGGAAAAAAUUCAACACACAAAGUAAGCGUAAUCCUGUGACAAGGUGCGUCGCGGUCGGCAGUCGGCCACAGUCUGGCUAAGUGAUAACAACUCUACGGUUGACAUCAAGUUCAGUCUCAUCAAAUUACUCUUUUUCCAUGGAUUUCUUUCUACUAUGGCUAUUUACGUUCGUAUUUGGAUUCUGGAUCUUCAAAAAAAUCAAACUUUGGCAAAGCCUUCCGCCUGGGCCGUGGGGGUUGCCGGUAGUGGGGUACUUGCCUUUUCUGGACCCACUGCAGCCCCAUCUCACCUUGACCAAGUUGACCAAGACAUAUGGUCCUAUUUAUGGUCUCCAGAUGGGUAAUAUUUAUGCAGUUGUGCUAUCAGACCAUAAACUAGUGAGGGAUGCGUUCGCUAAAGACAGUUUCUCGGGUCGUGCACCACUUUAUUUGACCCAUGGCAUCAUGCAGGGAAAUGGAAUUAUAUGCGCCGAAGGUCCGUUAUGGAAAGACCAGAGAAAACUGGUGACAUCGUGGCUUAAAAGUUUUGGAAUGACCAAGCACGGAGUCACGCGAGAAAAGCUGGAAAAGAGGAUCGCUUCCGGAGUCUAUGAAUUACUCGAUAAUAUUGAAAAGGCCGGUAAAGCCCGCAUGGAUUUGGCUCACAUGCUCACCAACUCUGUGGGGAAUGUUGUCAAUGAAAUCAUGUUUGGGUUCAAAUUCCCGCCCGAUGACAAGACUUGGCACUGGUUCCGGCAGAUCCAGGAAGAAGGGUGCCACGAGAUGGGCGUCGCUGGUGCCGUCAAUUUCUUACCUUUUGUCAGGUUUUUCUCAGCCUCUACCCGAAAGACCAUCGAAGUCUUAGUACGUGGGCAGGCGCAGACACACAGACUUUAUGCUAGUAUUAUUAAAAGACGCAGAAAAAUGUUGGAUCUACAGACACCUGAAGGGGCCAAAUACGCUCUGCAUGAAAACCUUUUUAAGGAAAACUCUAAUGGAUACCUCAAGUGCAUAACAUAUAGUAAAUAUGCGCCCGAUAAAGCACACUUCUUCGAUCCAAACAUUUUAAUAGAAACAGAGGGAGAAUGUAUAUUAGAUAGUUUUCUUAAAGAACAAAAGAGGAGAUUUGAUGAAGGAGAAGAAUCCGCUCGUUUUGUGACGGACGAGCAACUCAUGUACCUUCUAGCGGACAUGUUCGGGGCUGGACUUGAUACUACGUCAGUAACGCUAGCCUGGUUCUUAUUAUACAUGGCACUUUAUCCGGAGGAACAGGAUAAAGUGCGUAAAGAAAUAUUAACCGAGUAUCCGAAUGACGAGGAAGUGGAUAUGGCCAGAGUGCCGUACCUCAUGGCGGCCAUUUGUGAGACCCAGCGGAUACGAUCCAUAGUGCCUAUAGGAAUCCCGCAUGGUUGUUUAGAAGAUACAUACUUGGGCGACUAUGUAAUCCCGAAAGGAGCGAUGGUGAUCCCCCUGCAAUGGGCCAUGCACAUGGACGGGGCGGUGUGGGAUAACCCUGAAGAGUUCAGACCGAGCCGGUUUCUGGCUCCCGACGGCAGCCUGCUGAAACCUCAAGAGUUCAUACCAUUCCAAACUGGCAAACGCAUGUGUCCUGGCGACGAGUUAUCCCGAAUGCUGUCCUGCGGGCUGAUCUCCAGGUUGUUCCGGCGCAAGCGCGUGCGCCUCGCCUCCGACCCGCCCUCCCCCGCGGCCAUGCGAGGCAACGUCGGAGUCACCCUAACGCCCCCCAAAGUGGAGUUCUACUGCGACGACGUCUAGCUGCAUUCACUUCUCUAUUAAUUGUAGAUCGAAAAUACUUAAUAAAUUGGUAUCAAAUUUA